AUGUUCUCCAAGUUCGCUGCUGCUGCCGCCGCCCUUCUCGCGGCCACGCCGCUCGUUUCUGCUCAGACCUACACCGACUGCGAUCCCACCAAGAAGGUCUGCCCCGUCGAUGUUGGUCUGCCCAACUCUACCUACGAGGUCGACUUCACCAAGGGCGAGAACACCAGCUGGGUUGCCGCCGACUAUACCUUCAUUGAGUAUGGCGACGACGGCGCCACCUUCAGCAUCGAAUCCAAGACGGAUGCCCCCACCAUCCACACCGACUUUUACUUCUUGUUCGGCUACGUCGAGGUCAAGAUGAGGCCCGCCAACGGCACCGGCAUCAUCAGUUCCGUCGUGCUCGAGUCGGACGACCUUGAUGAGAUCGAUUGGGAAUGGCUCGGAGGAAACAACACUUCCGUUGAGACCAACUACUUUGGCAAGGGUAACACUACUACGUACGACCGCGCCACGUACGUCGCUGUCGACACCCCCGUCGACACCUGGCACACGUACGGCAUCAACUGGACCAAGGAGGCCGUUGUCUGGUCCAUUGACGGCGAGGACAUCCGCACGCUCAAGUACGAGGAUGCUGUCGACGGCAAGAACUUCCCGCAGACCCCCUGCCGCCUGAACCUUGGCAGCUGGGCCGGCGGUGCCAGCGACAACAAGUGGACCGUCGAAUGGGCCGGUGGCAAGACCAACUUCGAAGAGGGCCCCUUCAAGAUGUACGUCCAGAGCGUCAAGAUCCAGAACUUCAACCCGGCCAUGAACUACAACUACACGGACCUCACGGGCUCUUACCAGAGCAUCGACAUCCUGAACCACACGACGACCAAGAACAGCAGCUCUGCCACUGCCACCAAGUCGAGCGGCAUCAACACCGACGGUGUCAUGUCUGGCUCUGGUGCUUCGUCUGCCUCUGGCGCCGCCUCUUCAGACGGCAGCUUCAAGCAGAGCAACAGCUCCGCCGCCGGCCUGGGCAUGGACAAGGCCUGGAUUGUCAGCAGCAGCGCCAUCCUCAUGAGCUUCGUCAUCGGCUUCUCGCUCCUGUAA